AUGUCAGCCACAGAUCCCAUCUCUCCCCCAGGGGACCCUGCCCCAGAGGUUCUGGAUGGCCGUAUCUGGGUCGACGGAUGCUGGGACUUCUUCCACCACGGCCAUGCCGGUGCCAUGCUCCAGGCCCGCCAGCUGGGCGACGAACUCUAUGUCGGCGUGCACUCGGACGAGUCCAUCCUGGAGAACAAGGGUCCUACCGUCAUGAACCUUCAAGAGAGACUCGCUGCUGUGGACGCCUGCCGCUGGGUGACCCGCUCCGUGUCACACGCCCCCUAUGUGACACAGCUCGACUGGAUCACUCACUAUGGCUGCCGUUACGUCGUGCAUGGCGACGACAUAACCUCUGACAGUAGUGGCGAGGACUGCUACCGGUUCGUCAAGGAGGCGGGCCGCUUCAAGGUCGUCAAGCGCACCCCCUCCAUCUCCACCACCGACCUCGUCGGCCGCAUGCUGCUCUGUACCCGGACCCACUUUAUCAAGUCGUUGCGCCGAACGCUCGCGGGUAGCGACGGUCAUGGCAGCGAUGUGGAACGCAAGACCGAGGGAGCGGCCAUGACGGAGCGAAUGAGACUGUAUGCUACCGAUGAGACGGCUAAGAAACCCGGCGCAAGCGUGUGGUUCUGGGAGACGAGCUCGCUGCAUGCCAAGACGGGGCACGACGGCAUCGACGACAAUGGCACUUUUACGCAGUUGUUCGAAGGGCCAACACCGAAGCCUGACCAGAGGGUGGUGUACGUCGAUGGCGGGUUUGAUCUAUUCUCGAGCGGCCAUAUUGAGUUCCUGCGCCUAGUGGUCGAGGUGGAGGAGACGAAGGCUGCCGAGAAGGGAUGGAACAAGGACUACUCGCCUGUGUAUGUCGUCGCAGGCGUUCACGACGACGAGGUCAUCAACCACUGGAAGGGCGUUAACUACCCCAUCAUGAACAUCUACGAGAGAGGACUGUGCGUGUUGCAGUGCCGGUAUGUCAACUGCGUCAUCUUCGGCGCCCCUUUCACGCCCACAAAGAACUACCUCACGUCCUGGUCUUGGGGCACCCCAGAUGCCGUCUACCACGGCCCCACCUCCUUCAUGCCUCUCACCUACGACCCCUACUCGGAGGCAAAGGAACUCGGCCUCUACCAGGAGAUCGGCCAGCACAGCUUCCAGGAUGUCAACGCAGGCAACAUCGUGGACCGCAUCAUGAAGAGCCGCAAGCAGUAUGAGGAGAGGCAAAGGAGGAAGGGCGAGAAGGCAGAUGUCGAGGCAGCUGCGAAGUUGAGGGAGCAACUCGAGGAGGAGCAAAGAAAGAAAGAGGCACAAAGCUCAGCAUAA